GAAAAAGAGAGAGAGUAGAAAUAUCUAAUAUAAAAAAAAAAAGAGAGAAAAAGAAAGAGAAAUAAAAUAAAAGUAUAGAAACGCGAAGGAAAUACAUUCGCAUAGGUAAAGUCAGCACUUUGAAUGAAAUCGAAAGUCGAACGAGAAGCUAUAAGGGGGAAAGCAAGCUAGUAUCGAUAACCUUGAAGGGAGAAUAAUAUCCUCUCGUGUAGGUGUCUGUUGUUUGUGUGUAAGUAACAUUGAAAAAUACAUCAAAACUUGCACACACGUAUAGUAGAUUCACUUCGGACACGAGACAGUUCCUUUGAAAAGAAGAUUGCGGAGAGCUGGUAUAAGCGAUAAGAAAGAAAGAAAAAAGAAAAGAAAGAGAGAGAGAGAGAGAGAGAGAGAGAAUAAAAGAAGCGUAAGAGAUUUUUCGAAGUGGAUUUAUAGAAAAGUGGAAAAAAAAGAAAAAAGAAAAAAAAUAAGAGGAUAUGUGCCGGCGUAGAAAAGCGUGCAACGAGGAGAAACCGGCCGGUAAGGAUAAUGCUGAUGAAGGGAGAUGAGAUUGGAGUUAAGGAAAAUAGGAAAAAGAAAGAAGACAGGAAAAGAAACGAGAGAAGAAGGGAACAGGGGGAGGGGAAAGAACGGGAAAUCGAGGUGAGGAAGAAGCGAUCCAGCCAUGUCAUGGGAGUCUAUUUCGUCCAGGGAUUACCUUGGUGGAUCGGCGAGUCAUCAAUUAUCGGCAACCGCUUUAUUGGGUAGCCCGGAUGGCUCGAGACAUCCUCUCGAUGUUUGCGAAUUCGCGGAAGAGGAUUAUCGUCAUCAAAAUGGUAGCGGGAAUGGUCAUUAUCAACAUAACAGGCCGGGUACUGGUUUAUGGGAGUGUCUCGUAGGAUGCAGGUGGAGAUUGGAUCAACAAUUAGCUCGUCGAAGGGUAGAGCAAGGAUUGAAAUUGUAUCGUGCUCACAAACAGCAAGCAGCCGUAAGAAAAUGGAGAGGUGCAUUGAAAAGUAUUCGUCAACGCGAGGACAAAUUCGCCCUUUUGGGUUACCUAUAUCAAGCCUAUAUGGAUUGGGGAAAGUACAGAGACAGCAUCGACUUUGGUCACAGACAACUUUGCAUCUCCGAAGAACUGGAUUCGCCUAACAUGCGAGCAGAGGCUUAUUUGAAUUUGGCCAGAGCCCACGAGAGAUUAGGUGCAUUGGACAGAGCUUUGGAAUAUGCGAGACACAG